UCUAACUUGACUAUCGACCAAAGUAGGCUGAUAAAAACUUCCCGUAGAAUAAUGGCGACUUGGGCCAGGUUAGGCGUUAGUUUGCGGAAUACGAUUAGACGUUUCUGGCCUCUCAGAAAUACAGGGUAUGGUCGUGCUGUUGGAGCGGGUCUUCUGGGUUCUGUUGUAGCAAGCGGAUUUAUUCACUAUAAAAAUGAACCACGAUGGAGACUUUGGCCACACGUCGUGUACGCGGAGGACGCUAAGAGGGAGGAGAUCACAGUGCCACCAGUGUCCAUGAGGCGCCUGCGGUUUAACCAGUUUGCCUCCAUGAUCUAUGAAGAAGAGCCAUACAUGACACCCAGAGACUUCCUCCAUUCAGUUAUGAUGGAGAAGGUGGACCCUGUUCAUCUUAUCAAAGCAAUCUUACAGCGAAAGACCACAGAACACAAAGACUCUAAAAUGCUGACAUGCAAACUACAGAAAAAAGUGCUGACUAAAGCAGAUGUGGACGAUAUGAUAAGGGUGGCUUCUAGGGCUGAGGCUGGAAAUAACAUGUUCAGAGGAAUCGGAGACAAAGGGCUGAUCUCUUACACAGAGUACCUGUUUCUCCUCACUAUUCUUACAAAACCUCAAACAGGAUUUCAUAUUGCUUUCAAAAUGCUUGAUAUUGAUGGCAAUGAGCAUGUGGACAAGAAGGAAUUUCAGAAGCUGAAGAGAAUAAUUCGACCGAGGAAAGAGCUUCUAAACCAGAGUGGGACAGAGCUUUCAGACAGUGUUGAUGAGGUCAACACUACACUACAGGUGUUCUUUUUUGGGAAAAAUGGAAAGAAUAAACUCCAGUACAAAGAUUUUUGCAGGUUUAUGGAAGACCUGCAGGCAGAAGUGCAAGAAGUUGAGUUCCUGCGGUUUUCUAAAGGGAUGAAGACCAUGAGGCGGGAGGACUUUGCUGAUUGGCUGCUUCACUACACCAAUGAACAGAACAAUGAGGCAUACUGGGACAACGUGAGAAAGAGGAUCCCUACUGGACAGAGCAUCACCUUUGAUGAAUUUAAAGCAUUCUGUCUCUUUACCAACCAUCUGGAGGACUUUGCCUUCUCAGUCAAAAUGAUUAAUGAUGCCAACCGGCCAAUAGGAUUGGCUGAGUUUAAGCGAGCAGUGAAGAUAGCGACAGGUCAUGAACUUUCAGAAAACGUCCUGGACACAGUUUUUAAGAUCUUUGACCUGGACGGGGACAACUGUCUGAGCCAUAAGGAGUUUCUCGCCGUGAUGAAAGACAGAGUACUUCGUGGACUCCGGGUUCAGCCCCAGCAUGGUAUUUCUGGUUUUUGGAAAUGUGUGAAACGAGAAACACUGCAAGGAGCUCAAGAGGCUCUCCGUGAAACUGGCAGCCCUGUCUGACACAUGAAGAUGUGUGCCUGGUCAGAUGUGGUGAUACAUGCGAUUCCAUAUAUGUCUAUGGAGGAGAAUGGUACAUAAUUAAUUACAAGCACCAGGGAUUGUUAGUUGUACUGUCAGUAAACUUUUGCUUUAAAAUGUUUACAUGGUCCAAAGAAAAUAUUGCUUUUGAAGUGAUAUUGCUGUUGGCCGAAACAUAAAAAAGAAACAAUGUUAAUAUAAAAAUUGGUUAGUUCAUGGUUAUGAGCUUUAUUAAAAAAUCUGUGUUGUCUUUCGACCUUGAAUUUGUGAAAUGGCCUGUGAACACUCCCAACAAGGUUACACUGUCAGUUAAUGAUUUGUUUUUGUGUGGAUAACUGUUUAAUAGGAAACACAUUUUUUAAUUAUAUAUAGCCUUAAUUUUACUUUGGAUGUGGUGUUGUUUACAUGUACUCUGUAUGUGAACCUUUGCUGUUAUGGAAGUUCAUAACACAUUACCCUGUGGAUAAUCUGCAUGUAAUGCAGAUUUUAUGAAUUAUGCAAUUAUCACCCCAAAUCUCCAGUACAGAACACUUUUAUACUGGAUUCAGUUGCUUUUGGGACUGUUUUGUGACUAAAGAAAUGAGCAGUUCCAUUUUUUUGUCCUUUUUGAGUUUCACUUGUGAAAUUCAAAUUGUGACUGUGAAAUGCAAUUGUAAGACAUGAGGUAUUUGUGAGGACAAUCUGUGGAUUUUUUUUUUUCUUCAGUUAUUUUUGCUAGCUGGUGUAUUGUAUACGUGUUAUUUUUAUUUCUGGGGCACUUUUCGAUAUUUAAAGAAAUGCUAUUAAUGCAUUAAUUUUCCUAUAAUAAAAGAAACUGAAAUCA